CGUCAUUGUCAAUUCAUUAAUGUCAUCAUCGUAAAUCGUUUCGGUAAAGUUAUCUCGCUGUUUUCAGAAAUAAGUGGCAUUAAUACGUUUAUCAGCUUGCUGUAGAAACUUAAAAAAUACGAUAAACAAUGUCGGAGGUGGCAGAUGCACCGUUCAGUACCGUAGAGAUCAACAAUGAAGACAGGGAGGAGGAAGAUCUGUUCGCAUCAGCAGUCCAGGAGGUCAGCCUUGACCCAGAAGUGAAUGGUGGACAGGAAGAUAUAGAGAAAUCUAACAUGGGAGAUAUAUCAAUAUCUUCACCAGCUACUAUUGGCAGCCCUAUAAUGGAAGAGAUCGCAACAGAGCGUGCCAACAAUAUAAUCAUAACUGUAACAGAGCCGCAAAAAAUUGGAGAAGGCAUGAGCUCUUACGUCGCAUACAGGGUGCUUACUAAAACAAACAUGCCCAUAUUCAGUAGACAUGAGUUCGCUGUGCUUAGACGUUUCUCUGAUUUCUUAGGCCUCCAUGAAAAAUUAACAGAAAAAUAUCUUCGAUCGGGCAGAAUAAUACCACCUGCACCUGAAAAAAGUAUUGUUGGCACAACAAAAUUAAAAAUGACAUCAACACCGUCAACGGAAAGUGCGAAUGGCACCAACUCGUCGGCCAGCGUGCAGUCGAUAUUCGUGGAACGUCGUCGCGCGGCGCUCGAGAGAUUCCUCAACCGCGUCGCGCAACACCCUGUAUUGUGCAUUGACCCGGAUUUCAGAGAGUUCUUGGAGUCCGAUACCGAAUUACCAAAAGCAACGAGUACGUCGGCGUUGAGUGGCGCGGGCAUGUUGCGUCUCUUCAACAAGGUGGGGGAGACCGUCAACAAGAUCACGUAUAGGAUGGACGAGUCCGACCCGUGGUUCGAAGAACGCUGUGCACGCAUAGAGUCCCUAGAAAGUGGCCUCCGUCGAUUGUGCGGCGCUUGCGAAGCGCUGGCAACGGAGAGACGCGAGCUGGCAACGCGCGCGCACGAUGCUGCGCGCUCCAUUGCGGCUGCGGCUGCGGCGGAUCCCCACGCGCCGCUAUCACGCGCUCUCUCACACCUGUCUGAUCUGCAUGAGAAGAUCGAACACUUAAGGAACGAACAAGCCAACACUGACUUCUACGUCCUCACUGAACAUAUCAAAGACUACCUAGGGCUUAUCAACGCCAUCAAAGAUGUCUUCCAUGAAAGAGUUAAGGUAUUCCAAAACUGGCAACACGCACAAAUGCAGCUCACGAAACGGAGAGAGAACAAAGCCAAAGCCGACCUCGCCAACCGUCCAGAGAAGAUUGCUCAGGCCUCUACUGAAAUUAUUGAGUGGGAAUCGAAGGUGGAGCGCGGUCAGCAGGAGUUCGACUCCAUCUCGCGCGUCAUCAAGAAGGAGUUGGAGAGGUGGGAGGAGGUGAGGCUGAGCGAGCUGCGGGCCACCCUGCUGCGCUACCUCGAGGAGCAUAUGAAGCACCAAGCGCAGGCAAUUCGGUACUGGGACGCCUUCCUACCGGAGCCGCGCGCCAUCAAAUGAGUGCCGGACCCACGGCGACCGCGGGCCGACGUCUAACCACAACUACGCCAAAACACACCCUAGCACCUUACUGUUACGUGUCAUUUUACUGUGCACCCUUUAAGGCAGUCAACGUUUUUUUUUAACUGGCUUGACGGCUCUGAGUUCUAGCCCUUUUGAGCUUAAGCAGAUCGAUGUAUAUGUACAUAGAAAACUUAAUAACUAAGAUAUAGAAAUGGCCAAAUAUAAGUGUCAGUGGUGUCUAAACAAGCCGGACUCUACGCCGAUAGGUCACUGAUUCGAUUCCCGCUUGUUGGACUAUUAUUUAGUAUUACCCACUACUCCAAUUAAUCGUAUAGCCCUAUAAGUCAUUAUGACUUAUUGAGCGAGAAGUGAAUAUUGUUCAUAUUUUUUUUAUUGGGUCAAUAAAAUAUUUUAAUGGCUAAUAUUACGUAUACGCCAUUUCUAAUCACCUUGUUAUUAAUGUUUCUAUGGUUAAUAUCUAAAUCUUUUUUACAUGACUACUGCGAAUAUGUCAUUUUCAAUCAUUUAUUAGUUGCAUAUAAAUAGACACACACAAGCGCAAUGUGUGAUUUUUUUAUUGUCAAGUAAAAAUAAUUUAUGUACACAUGUGCAUGAUUGUAUAUUAAUUUGUCAACGAAUAUAAUAUUAUUUCGGUUAGAAAAUAUCAAUUGUAUCAAAGAACUUUGUUUUUGAAAGUUGUUCGUUUGUUAAUUAUGAAAAAGCUAUAUUAUUGUGGACUCUUUGGAUUGGUCGACAAUUAUGUAGUUGACGCAUAUUUUUGCGUCGUUUGCGUUUGCGUCGACACUACGACAUUUUCCACAUAUUUAUUUGAAUGAAAUGCCUCAUUAAAGCAUUGCGACGUCGCACGCGACGUUUCAACGGAGCCCCUUUGCGACGUUGGACAAUGUUUCACUUGUUUCGAUCCUUAAACUUAACUUGUAAAUAAUAAAAAGAUACAUUGUGUAAAUUGACUAUACUAAAGCCCUUCUCGAGGUGCACUGCCAACUACCAACAAACAAAUUAAAAAUGAAGCUAAAAAACACAUGUCAUUUCAUAACUUAUUUAUUUUAAAUUGUGUUGUUUGUUGUUUUCAUAAAAUGUUAUUCAAAGUAUAUUAACUAUAUUUAUUUAUUCUAUACUUAUUAAAAAAAUAUUUUCAUUAAUAUAAGAACAAGUUAAUUAUAUUUAUUAUUAGGCGUGAAAUGACUAGCGAUUUAUAUACUUUCAUUAUUAAUUUGUUUGUUGGUAAACUGUGCACAUCGAGUAUGGCUUAGGUAUAGGUGCCUGCGUCGGCCUCUUGCGCUGCGACGUAGUGAAUCGUCGCAACGCAGGUGUUGCAUACAAUACGUUGAUCCGUUGGCAACGAACCGUUGCGAUGGCAUAAUGCAACGCACUAAUGCGGCGUCUUCUUUAGGGCUAUGGAUAUGGGCUCCCUCUGAAAGUAGAUACGCAAGUAUUUUUGUUUACUAAAAAAAAUUGCAGUACAUUAAACAAUGAACUAGUUUUCUGCGUCGGAUACCCAAUAAUACUUGCUCAAAAGGACGUAUAUUUCUAUCGGCCAUAGAACACAAAAGAAGCAGACUUGGAUGUAAAUCGGGUCGCGCCACAAUGCAUAAUACAGGAGUUCAUUUCAGAGAUUUACAUUCGAUUUUCAUAUCCCUAUAUUUCUUAACAAAACUGACCUCAAAAAAUGGAGGACAGCCGAUGGGUUUUGGACUGUAUAUAUAUUUUUUAUUAACUAUCUGAUAUAACGACUCGAAUAAGCUGGAGCAAUAGCUACCUAUUCAGAGACGUACGGAAAUUGUUUUUAUUAUCUUACACAAUUCAAAAACUUGCGCAAAUAAAUUAUUUAGUGUAUAACUAAUAUUUCUUAAAAAUUAAUGCAAAAGCAAUGUUUCUUUAUACAUUAUAUAAUCUUUUAGAUAAUAGUAGGUAGUUGGUAAAUUGUGGUGCGACCUCUAUUGAAUUUAUGCUAGCCUAUGCUGUUAGCGUUAUUUUUUGUUAAAAUAUUCCGUUUAUCACCUUUCCACGAUGUAUUAUUUGGGACUUUGCAUGCAUUUGUAUUUGAAUAUAUGAUCUCUAGAGAUAAUUUGUAAAUAAGAAGUAUUGAAAUGAUGUAAAAACACACGUAAAAAUUUACUCAAUUUAAGUAAACUAACCCAGAGGAAAUUAGGAGACGCACAUGAGUUACUCUAGUAAGCGCGUUGUCAACUGGAUGUAUAAAUUAAAAUGUCAAUAAAUAGAUAGACAUUGAUGUUAACUCGACGACUCAAUUGGUACCUAACGCAUUUACGGUGUCCUGUCCAAAACGUUCACUUGAUGAUAUACAUUUGGAAUUUGUUGAUCCAAAAGAAAAAAUUAAAGAUUUUUAAAAUUCCUUAACCAAUUAUUACUUAAUGUUUUUCUGGUCCUUCGAGCCAGAUGUCUUCACACGAAGUAUUACGUCAAGGCCUCGAUUCCACUCUCAUGUAACAAAUGUGCGUCUCUCAAUGUAUAAAAAUACAAAAUGUAUCUAUAUAGGCUGUGUCUUCGAUAAAUAAUAGAGUAAUCUAUUAAUUUUUAACAAGUCUGAAUCGUUUCAUUUGUUCAAAAGUCAUUUGCGUUUUUAAAUUUGUCCCCUCUAAGAUUACUAUUAGUUAAACCAUUUGUUAUAUUAUGUGUAAGUUGUAUUAAGUGUAUUUACGCAUUAUAAUAAUUAAUGUUGUACACGUGUUAAUGUGUAUAGUUAAAGUUUACGAAAAUUUUAAAUUUCUUUUUUUUCUCUUGUUUUUUACAAUUGUCGGAAAAAACAUAUGGCUAUCUGAUGGUAAAUAGAAAACCGUAACCUAUUAAAAGCUACACUUCACAGGGCAUGCAAGGAAUAUAUGGAAUAAGCCUGUAAUUACACCAGCAUCUAUGUAUAUCAUACUGAAACACGAUGCUCCUUAAUGGCAUAAAGUUAGGCGUCCACAUAUCCUUAAAGGCCUCCGUAGCGCAGUGGUAUGCGCGGUGGAUUUAUAUGACGGAGGUCCGGUUCGAUCCCUGGCUGGGCUGAUUGAGGUCUUUAUAAUUGGUCCCGGUCUUUUUAAUUGUGAACGUCAAAAAUCGAUUGUGAAUUGUGAUGCACUGUGUAAUAAACCUCCCAAGUAAUAUUAAUUGUUGUUAGAAACAAUUACAAACAACAGUUUGUUUCAAAUAUGAUAUUAAUUACCUUGUCUUGCGAAUUUCAUUUUGAAUGGUUAUAUAAAAAAUAUAUGUAUUUUUUUAUUUUAGAUCAUUAAGUGUUAUUAUCACAGCUUUGCUAUAAUGCACAAUUUUGUCUUUACCGUAUACAGAACAUAAAACGAAAAAAAAAAUUGGUGAUGGUUAAAAGAAAAUACACAAAAAAAGUUGAAUAAAAAAAUAUUGGUUUAAAUUCGCAGGAUGAGGUAACAAAAUAUCCUAUCAUUAUGAUAUAGGUUAAGUUUUUUUAAGAGAAAACAUUUUUUUGUUAUAUUCUUCUAUAUUUUUUAUAUUUUGUUUGUUGUCUGUCUUAAAAUUGCGUAUUAAUUAUAUGUUAGAAAAUGUAUUCCAAUCUAGAUAAGCUAAUGUAAGAUUAAGCCAGAGUAUUCAUCUAAGAUAGAUAAAUAAGUAUUUGAAAAUAUUUGCAUUGCAAUGUUAUAUUUGUUCCAUGUACCUAAUUACUAAAAUUUUGAAAAAAAAAAUUAUUGUUGGUAAAACUUUUAUAAUUUUUCAGUCUGAAUCUACAAACGAACAGGCAAUAUCUUAUGUACAACUGAAUACAAAUCUUUAAAUUACAUUAUCAGGUAAUAUUUCGCAAUUUUCACUGUAGUAAAACCACAAUAGAAUCCUACUUUUCAUUAGUACAUUCUUGAUUAUGCAAAUAUAUUUUUUUUAAUUAACCAAAGUAAUAUAUUUAAAAAAUUAUUACGGUAAAUCAAUUACUUUAACUUUAAAUACAUAAUUUAAUUUUAGUUAAAGUUUGAAAUUUGAUUGAAGUUUUAGUUAAACUUUAACCCAUAGACGAAAUAUCAUUCGUUUCACAGCAUUGGGAUUGCAAUCAAUUCUGGGAAGUUUGUUGGAUUUGGAUGUACUGCUAAGAUCAGACCAAGUGCGUUUGUGUUUUACACAACCCGCGUUAUCAACUGAGUCGGUAUAUAAUAUAUACCCAAAUUUAAGACUUAAUAGCUCAACGGUAAUGCGGUCGGACUGACCGAGGUGUGGUGGUUCAAUCCCCGCCCUGUUGGACUAUUGUCGUACCCACUCCUAAUACAGUCUUUCCCGACUAGUUGGAGGGGAAUGGGAAUAUUGGUCAUAUUUUAUGGCAAGUAUUAAUUGAAAGUAAAUUUGAAUUGAAUACAUAAGUAAUGUCAAACUCCCUGCCUUUCAGGAGAGGGAAUUUAAAGCUUAGAACCAUCACUGCUUCAAUGCAGGAUUAAGACAAAAUUAACAAAUUAUGGAGUCACAACUCAAUUGAUAACGCGCUGGCUAUAAAUUUAAUAGUCAAUGUAUAGCUUGGCAAGUUCGUUGAUCAUACUCCCAUGAUAUGCAGGCGACGGGGGGAAAGACUGCGCGGGUGUGAAAUCGUGCGUGCGGGGAAGUGAGGUGCAGUUGUGGUUUAUCAUUCGUCGCUACACGUCCUCGGCCCGCGCGGACUAUCGGGAGUGUUACGAACGAAUUUGCUAAGCUAUAAUUACGCCAUUGCACUGCGUGUGCCAAGCAUUUGCAUUUGCGAGUUAUUCAGGCCUAUGAUGCGUCUACCACAUAUCUUGUGAAGAGAAAAACCUAUUGUCGAAACGCGGCUGAAUCGGAAAUAUCGUUCUCUCUUUUCCGUUGCGAUGGGACAAAAGAGAAAGCAAUAUUUUCGAUCCACCGUGACUGGACAUUAUCUUUUUGUCUUAACGAGACACCUUCGUGGUAUGCCUGAGCUUCUAUGUGGCACGACGAUUUUCUGUCUACAAUCGCAAACACUUCGAAUAUUAAAAAAAAGUGUAUGGGAAUGACAUUUGUUAUCGACGGGUCACGUGAUCAAAUAAUCGAUCGGAUCUUUCAUUCCAAUACGUUUUUUUUUAGUUUUUGAAGCGUUAGUAGAAAACGUAUCGACGUGCCACAUAGCUACUGUUUAUUUAUUGCAACGUAUCUUAGAAUGCAGCACUCUGGUUAGAAUGUAAAAUAAUUUAUACACAUUAGGUAGAACGAUUGAAAAUCUCGAGUCUAAUGUAUUCAUUAUUUUUAUAUUGCCAAAUAUAUACCUAUAGUGGUAAUUUAAAUGUAACGGGAGAGAUUAAUUCUAAAUAAUGUUGGUUUCGAAUUAUAGAAAUUGUACUUUAUUCCGAUUAAAAUUAUUACUUGAAA